AUGCAGGCAGCCUUGCAUCUUCCACCCCCACCCCUCUCCAUUGUAAGAAGUGCCACAGCCUUGCCAUGGAGGUCCAUCCAAAAGUUUAACACUACUAGAUGCUCCCCAAUCAGAGCUAGUACACCAGUUGGCAAUGACACUUCAACAGUUGAUUACAGCUCCGUGGUUUCUGUUUUCCCAGCUGAGGCUUGUGAGACAAUAGGAGGUGAAGUUUGUGAUGUUGAUAUGUAUCCUGAAGUGAAGCUCAAGCCAGAAGCCGAAAGCACUACUGCAGCUAGCACUGCUACUGAGCAUAUUGAUAGAGAAUACUUACAGUAUGACAGUCCGAAGACGGUGUUCCUAGAAGAGGCUUGUGACGAUCUUGGAGGAGAGUUUUGUGACCCUGAGUAUCAGCGACCCUGAGUACCAGAGAAGAAGUACUAGUACAAAGCUAUGUGAAUAUGUAUUAUCUCUUAGAUAUGCAUCUAACAAAGUUAAUGAAUAAUGAACUGUAAAAUUGAAUU